UAGUGCCCGACGUACGCUGGGGUCCUUUGCGGCGGAAGCGGCCGGUGUUUUAACGCUAGUGUGCCGCCUGGGGGAAUUCUGGAACUUGAAGUCCAAGCAUCUUCAAGUUGCCAAAGUUAAGAAUCUCUGCUUUAACAGAUUGUCUUUUCUCUCCAGCAGGUCGGUCUGUUUCUGAACGGAGGGAGUUAUUCGUAGAACAAAGCCUUUCAGCAACAAAGGAUUACCUACAAAGAUUUUCUAUUCACCUCACCUCUCCUCUGCUGUGCUCCACACCGCUGAUUCAAGCCCCGCGCUUGCCAGCGUUGCGCGCGUGCUCCGAGCGACCAGCCGGUCACGUAAGAGGGGUGGAAGCCUCAAAACCGCAGGGGCGAUCAGAGCGGCCGCGCGGCUUCCGGAAGAGCCAAAGAGGACCCGCGAGGGCCGAGGAUCCAUCGCAGAUCGUUCCGGUGAUCCCCAGCGGCAAGAAGAAGCCCCGACUGCAAUUGGCGGUCGCCAUCUUGAAAACUGUCGCCAUUUUGGAGCACGUGGGUGAGCGCAUGAUCGGCGUUCUCCUACAGACGCCGAAAGCGCUCAAAGGGCACCAGUGAAGCCGGAAGAGGCUUCAUUUAGGCUCUACCCCGCCAGUGAUCCGGGGAGUAUUCCAAGGCUGGGCCUGCCGGCAGCUGAGACCACAGAUCAGCACGGAGAAAUAAAGGGAGCGGAUUCAAGCCUUGGAAGAGAGAAUCCGCCCUUGCAGCCGGCUGCAGAAAGGAGGAGGUUGGUGAGCACCAAAUCGUAAGUAAUGGCUGAGGCGACCAGAAGCAGGGAUGCCAGGCCCAGAGCCCCAGGGGGUGCGGAUCCGGAUGAAGGGACCUCCAGGGGCGUUUCCCCGGUUCCUAGGGGGAGAUCCCCAGUGAGAAGGGACAAGGCCAGAGCCCCCAAGAAGGCAGCCCCCAGGAAGGAGGCCAGGACCACCAGGGCCUCGGCUAGGGAGUUCAGGGUGACCAUCACCCCUUCCCCCUCCAGAUCACGAUCUCCCCGCAGCCUCCAGCCCGGGUUGAGGCCCGGGCAGCAUCUCCAGCCUCACCAAGGAGCUCCCAUAGAGGGCACAGUUCUCUAUCGCCCCCCCUUUCACCUGCUCCCCCAGCGGAGUCGAGAGUGGAUCCCUUUGGGCGCAGGGCCACCAGUCCAGCCAGGCCUCGCUUGGCUCCUCUAUCCCCUGAACCCAGGGAAUAUCCUCAGCCUCCAGAGCUCCAGCCUGCCCUGCCAGACCUCACUAACAGUUUCCAGGACAUGCUAGCCCAGGUAAUGGCAUCUAGUUUAGGCCAGCAGCCCCAGAGCUCCAGGAGCAGGGCCCCACAAGAGCCUCCCAGGGGUCAGCAGGAACGCCCCAGCACUUCAGCUGCCAGGGAAGCCAGGUCUCCAUCGCCAUCCACGGCUAGCGAGGCUUCCGACCUGGAGGAGAGGGAAUUGAAGGAGGUGGGGUUCUCAGAGGACGAGGAUCCCCAGGCAGAGGACGAUUCCACGGUCGUGGGCCUAUUUCCCCCCUCCUUAUUCAACUCCUUGCUUCGCAAGGCAUCCGCCACGGCAGAUCUGGAUCCCCCAUCGGAUCCGAAGCCUGUGACUGAGACUCCUGGCACGGGUAAGAGUAAGAAGAAAAAAGGGCCCUUCCAUAGGCCCUCCGUGGCUAAGGAGGAGAUCCCCACGCAAGAGAUGUUCAUGGAGGUGCUCAAGUCGCAGUGGGUAAAGCCAGGGUCUUUCCCCACUCCAGGGGGAAAUGAGAGAAAAUUUUACAAUCUUAAUCAGACACUUGCAAGAUAAUCAGACCUUUGCCCAAGCUCUCCAGGUACCUGAAGUGGACAAUCUGGUGGCCACCCUGGCGUUGGCUUCGAUGGUUAUAGCAGGAGACACUCCCAACUGCCUCAAGCCUGAGGACAAGAAGGCAGACAUCGUUCUGCGCAAGACGUUCCAGGCUGUCACCUGGGCCAUCAGGGUGGCCGCCUCCACCUCUUUCUUUAACAGGUCCACGGUGCUGUAGUUGGAGCAGCUGAGGGACAGGACUCCGGCCUCAGAUGUUCGCCUGCUGCAAGACAUAUCCAAGAUGCUGGCGGCAACGCAGUUCUCAGCGGACGCCACUCUGGACGCGGUAAAGUAUGCCUCUCGAGUUAUGUCUUCCUCAGUUGCUUCUAGGCGCCUGCUCUGGUUACGCCACUGGCAGGUGGAAUCCCGGAUGAAGUGGCACCUAAUGGGGGCAGACUACACCGGGGAGAAGCUAUUUGGGACAGCGCUGGAUCCUAUCCUCGUGGAGGAUAAGAACAAGCGGAAGGUUUUCCCAACAACUACCAGAUGCUCGGACUUCCGCCACGCGCCUUACCCCAGGAGGACCUCGCACAGACCGCCCGACGGGGACAACCAGAACCAGAGGUACCAGAACCCCAGGUUCCACAGGCAGGGGGAUAGACAAUUCCAGAGAGACAGAUUCAGGGGCCAGCAGCAGGGCAAGCGGCCCUUUCGAGGAGGAGGCGGUCGCCCCUUCCGCAGGUUCAAGUGAUCCGACCCCGGAUCACCCCAUCGGUGGUCGCCUCUCCCUAUUCGCGGAUGCCUGGGAACGGAUCACCUCGGAUGAGUGGGUGCUCCAGACUGUAAGGCUCGGGCUACACCUGGAGUUCCGCUCCCUGCCCCCCAGUAGGUUCCGCAUCUUCGCCUCCUCCACGGACCCGACCAAACGGGCCCUUAAGGCCAAGGCCAUUAAACAUCUACUAGACAUCAGGGCCAUCGAAAGAGUCCCAGAGGGAGAGAAGGGCACCGGUUUCUACUCCAACCUCUUCCUAGUGCCCAAGAGUUCAGGGGGAUGGAGGGCCAUCCUGGACCUUAAACUCCUUAAUUCCAGGGUGGUUUACCGCAAAUUUAAAAUGGCCUCCCUGAAAUCCAUCCUGGAGGGCAUCCGACCGGGCGAUUUCCUAGCCUCUAUCGAUCUCACAGAGGCAUAUCUGCACAACAGGAUCGCCCCGGAACACCGCAAAUUCCUUAGGUUUUCCCACGAGGGGAGCCACUUCCAAUACAGGGCCCUUCCCUUUGGGCUGGCCUCAGCCUCCAGGACAUUCACAAAGGUACUAGCGGCAGCCGCGGGUCAUCUGCGCUCCCUCCCAGUCCGCUUGUUCUGUUAUUUAUACGACAUCCUCGUUUUAGCUAGGUCGCCUGACUCAGCUGAACGGAACUUGGGGACCACAAUCGACACCCUGAGGGGCCUGGGUUUCUCCAUCAACCUGGAGAAGAGUCACCUGGUACCAGCCACCAGGCUCCUUCACCUAGGGUCCAUCAUUGAUUCAGUGGCUGGGGAGGUUUUUCUGUCCCAGGAUCGCAAGGACAGCAUUGUUAAGAUGACCCAUGAGGUUCGCAAGUUACGCUCUGUCCCUGUAGUUCUUCUUUCCAGGCUCCUGGGGAAGUUCAUCUCGUGCAUAGGGAUCGUGCCGUGGGCCCGACUACACGCCAAGGAGCUCCAGUGGUUCCUACUGCCCCAUCAGAGAGCCACCUUCAGGAUCCGAGUGUCACCCCAGGUGCUGCUUCCCUUUCGUUGGUGGCUGUCCCCAGCCUUGAACAGGGGAUGCCUCUUCAGAGAGCCGGCGAGGAGGAUCCUUACCAUAGACGCAAGUCUCUCCAGCUGGGGAGCCCACCUGGAGAACCAGAUCGCCCAGGGCCGGUGGACUCCAACAGACCUACAAAACAACAUCAACUGGUUGGAGCUCAGAGCCAUCCAUCUGGCUCUCCGCCACUUCAAGGACACGGUGACCGGUCAUCACAUCCUAGUCCUGACCGACAACGUACAGCCAAGGCCCACGUGAACAGACAGGCCGGCACCCACUCGCGACGAGGCCCUGCGACUGGGGAAUUGGGCAGAGAGACACCUGCAAUUCAUCAGAGCAGAACACAUCUCUGGGACAGAAAACCAUCAGGCAGACUGGUUCAGCAGGGAGACGAUCGACAAUGGGAAGUGGCAACUCCAUCCCUCAAUCUUCCGUCAGAUCUGCGAGAGGUUCGGACAUCUGACGGUGGACCUCUUCGCGACCCCACAGAACGCCCAGCUGCUGGAAUUCGUGUCGAGGUUUCCGACCAAGGGAGCCACGGACACGGACGCCCUUCGAUGCAGAUGGCCACCAGGUCUUCUCUACCCCUUUCCCCCCCUUCCCCUCAUUCCCGGGGUCCUGAGGAAGGUGGUGGCAGAGGGAGCAGAGGUAAUAAUGGUGGCUCCCUUCUGGCCUCGCCGCCCCUGGCUGGCAGACCUCGUGGAUCUGUCCACGGCUCCUCACUGGAGGAUCCCAGCGGGGGAGGUGGUCCUGCUCCGGGGGUCUCUGGAGCAUCCGGAUCCGGAGUGGCUUCAUCUGACCGUCUGGCGAUUGAGCGGGAACAAUUAAGGGAGGCUCAAUAUUCCGAGAGUGUCAUCAGGACAGUAGAGGCAUCCAGGAGGCAGUCCACCACACGCAUCUACAACGCUUCCUGGGUGGCAUUUGCAGACUGGUGCCGAGCUAAGGAUCUCCGCCCAGCAGCGGCCUCGGUCCCACAGGUCCUGGACUUCCUCCAGGAGGGGCAUGAGAAAGGUCUAGCCACCAGUACACUUAGGCGACAGGUCUCUGCCCUCUCAACGGUUCUAGGGGGGGGUGAAUGCUCCCCCUUGUCCCAGCACCCGGUGUUAAAGCGCUUCCUCAAGGGGGCAGCGAAUCUGAAACCCUCAGUGGUCCAUCGAUUCCCCACCUGAGACUUUCCCACGGUUCUUCAGGCCCUGACGGAAGCUCCGUUUGAACCCUUGAGGGAGGUUUCCCUUCAGCUUCUGACCCUUAAGGUCGUCUUCCUGGUCGCCAUCACCUCAGCCAGAAGGGUUUCUGAGAUCAACGCCCUCUCCAGCAGGGCGGAUCUCUGCACCUUCUUAGAUAACCGCGUCAUCCUCAGACUCGACCCAGCUUUCAUGCCCAAGGUCAAUUCCCCCUUUCACAGGGCUCUAGAAAUAAUCCUACCGGAUUUCUGUCCCCACCCCUCCGGGGAGAGGGAGAAAUCCUGGCACAAGCUGGACGUCAGAAAAGCCUUACGCAUAUACCUGAAGCGCAUGGACCCCUUUAGGUGUUCGGAGGCCCUCUUCGUGUCCUACCAACCUUCCUCCCGGGGAGCCAAGGUCCCUCCGGCCACCAUCAGCAGUUGGAUUAGAGCGGCCAUUUCUCAGGCAUACGGGGCACGGGGACUCCAGGUCCCAGAGGGCAUCACGGUGCACUCCACCAGAAGUGCGGCCACCUCAGCAGCCUGGUCCACCCAGGCACCCAAAGAGGAGAUCUGCCGGGCGGCCGCCUGGGCUUCUCCUUCUCCCUUUAUUAAGCAUUACAGACUAGACACCUACGCUUCUGUGGAGGCGGCCUUUGGCAGGAGGGUACUUUAGGGAGUCCUGGACUCUCCGGCGGGCUCAGGCCCAUCUAAUCCCUCCCAGGACAUCUAGCUUUGGUAUGUCCCAUUGGUUACUCCUCCCACGCCUUCUCUUUGGAAACUGGCAGUUAGACUUACCUGAACUGCAUGUUUAGAAGAAAGGUGUGGGAGGAGUCACUUCCCCCCCGUACUGGGCGCCCCGCGCCUAGGGGGCCUGAGCGAGUCCAGAUUCAGUUAUAGCAGUUGGGAAUGAUAUGUGUUGACUGUUCUUGUUUGUCCUUCCUUUCAGAUUCUGCUACGAUCCAUCGGUUAAUCUGGGGAGGUCAGAGGAGGACCAUAGGUGUGGCCUCAAAAGAUUACCUCAGUCUCCUGGCAAGAGGGCUGGGUUAAUACCCAUUGGUUACUCCUCCCAUGCCU